GCUGCAAGAGGACACCGGUGUCAGCAGCAUGCAGCUGAAUUUCAGUGGUUUGAGGGCCCUGGUGACAGGGGCAGGGAAAGGGAUUGGGCGGGACACCGUGAAGGCCCUGCACGCCUCAGGAGCCAAAGUGGUGGCCGUGACACGCACCAAUGCAGACCUGGUCAGCCUUGCUAAAGAGUGUCCAGGCAUAGAGCCCGUGUGUGUGGACCUGGGCGACUGGGAGGCCACAGAGAAGGCGCUGGGCGGUAUCGGCCCCGUGGACCUGCUGGUGAACAAUGCAGCCGUGGCAUUGAUGCAGCCUUUCCUGGAAGUUACCAAGGAGGUCUUUGACAGGUCCUUCAAGGUGAAUCUUCGCUCUGUGGUGCAGGUGUCCCAGAUUGUAGCCAGGGACAUGAUUAACCGUGGAGUGCCAGGGUCCAUUGUCAACGUCUCCAGCAUGGCAGCCUAUGUCACCUAUCCUCAUUUGACCACCUACAGUUCCACCAAGGGAGCAAUGACCAUGCUGACCAAAGCCAUGGCCAUGGAACUGGGGCCACACAAGAUCCGGGUAAACUCCGUAAACCCCACUGUGGUGCUGACUGAUAUGGGCAAGAAAGUCUCUGAAAACCCUGAUUUUGCCAAGAAAUUCAAGGAGCGCCACCCCCUGAGGAAGUUCGCAGAGGUGGAGGACGUCGUCAACAGCAUCCUCUUCCUGCUCAGCGACAGCAGCGCCUCCACCAGUGGCUCUGGCAUCCUGGUGGACGCUGGGUACCUGGCCUCCUAGACUGCUCAGAUGUGGUGUGCCUCUGAGUGGCCUCCCUGGCCCACCCUCCAACCAAAGCUUCUACUUAUCUUACCUGGUCCUUGACACAGCUCCCAGCUCCCUGUGUUAUUGUCUAAUCCCAUAACCACUCCACGCUCUGGA